AGCACAGUGAGCGACAUCCAGCCCUUGCUGCUCCCCUGCGACACGCUGACCGUGGCCAAGGAGGCGCUCUCCCGCCCCGGCAUCUCCUCCAGCAGCCUGCAGCCGAGCGUACCACUGCUCAUCGCGGACAAGGGCCUCGAGGAACCUCCAGAGGAGUUCGUGCCCAAGGAGUGCAGACUGCAGCCCAAGCCUUCAGCCGAGCCCCGAUCCCCAUGGCCGUGGUGCGCAGAGAGCUCUCCUGUGAGAGCUACCCCAUCGAGCUCCGCUGCCCAGGAACGGACGUCAUCAUGAUCGAAAGUGCCAACUACGGGAGGACAGAUGACAAAAUCUGUGAUUCUGACCCUGCGCAGAUGGAGAACAUCCGGUGUUAUCUGCCAGAUGCCUAUAAGAUUAUGUCUCAAAGAUGCAACAACAGGACGCAGUGUGCGGUGGUGGCAGGUCCUGACGUUUUUCCAGACCCGUGUCCAGGAACCUAUAAAUACCUUGAAGUGCAGUAUGAAUGUGUCCCCUACAAAGUGGAACAAAAAGUUUUUCUUUGUCCUGGACUUCUGAAAGGAGUAUAUCAGAGUGAGCACUUGUUUGAGUCGGACCACCAGUCUGGGGCGUGGUGCAAAGACCCUCUGCAGGCUUCGGACAAGAUCUACUACAUGCCCUGGACUCCCUACAGAACCGACACCCUGACUGAGUACUCCUCCAAGGAUGACUUCAUCGCGGGAAGGCCAACGACCACCUACAAGCUCCCUCACAGGGUGGAUGGCACGGGCUUCGUCGUGUACGACGGAGCUUUGUUCUUUAACAAGGAGCGCACCAGGAAUAUAGUAAAGUUUGACUUGAGGACUAGGAUCAAGAGCGGAGAGGCCAUCAUAGCCAAUGCCAAUUACCACGACACCUCCCCUUACCGCUGGGGAGGCAAAUCGGACAUAGACCUAGCAGUGGAUGAAAAUGGGCUAUGGGUAAUCUAUGCAACAGAACAAAACAAUGGCAAAAUUGUCAUUAGCCAGUUGAACCCUUAUACCCUCCGGAUCGAAGGGACAUGGGAUACUGCGUAUGAUAAGAGGUCAGCUUCCAAUGCUUUUAUGAUUUGUGGGAUUCUGUAUGUGGUCAAGUCUGUGUAUGAAGAUGAUGACAAUGAGGCCACUGGAAAUAAGAUUGACUACAUUUACAACACCGAGCAGAGCAAGGAUAGUUUGGUGGAUGUGCCCUUUCCUAAUUCCUACCAAUACAUAGCAGCUGUGGAUUACAAUCCCAGGGACAACCUACUUUACGUGUGGAAUAACUACCACGUUGUGAAAUAUUCUUUGGACUUUGGACCUCUGGAUAGUAGAUCAGGGCAGGUGCAUCAUGGGCAGGUGUCAUACAUUUCCCCGCCGAUUCACCUGGACUCUGAGCUGGAAAGACCACCAGUUAGAGGAAUCUCCACCACAGGCCCCCUGGGCAUGGGCAGCACCACCACCAGUACCACCCUUCGCACCACGACGUGGAGCCCAGGCAGGAGUACCACGCCGUCCAUGUCUGGCAGGAGGAACCGGAGUACCAGCACCCCAUCUCCGGCGCUCGAGCUGCUGGAUGACGUCACCACACACCUUCCCUCAGCCUCGUCCCAGAUGCCAGCUCCAGAAGAAAGCUGUGAGGCUGUAGAAGCCCGUGAAAUCAUGUGGUUCAAGACCCGUCGAGGCCAGACAGCCAAGCAGCCAUGCCCUGCGGGGACCAUCGGUGUAUCUACUUACCUAUGCCUUGCGCCUGAUGGGAUCUGGGAUCCCCAAGGACCUGACCUGAGCAACUGUUCAUCUCCUUGGGUCAAUCAUAUAACACAGAAGCUGAAAUCUGGAGAGACAGCUGCCAACAUCGCCAGAGAGCUGGCUGAACAGACAAGGAACCACCUGAAUGCCGGGGACAUCACCUACUCAGUACGCGCCAUGGACCAGCUGGUGGGCCUCCUGGAUGUGCAACUCAGGAACUUGACGCCAGGAGGAAAGGACAGUGCUGCCCGCAGUUUAAACAAGCUUCAGAAAAGAGAGCGCUCUUGCAGAGCCUAUGUCCAGGCUAUGGUCGAGACAGUUAACAACCUUCUUCAGCCACAAGCCUUGAAUGCGUGGAGAGACCUGACUACAAGUGAUCAACUGCGUGCAGCCACCAUGCUGCUCGACACCGUGGAGGAAAGUGCAUUUGUGCUGGCUGAUAACCUUUUGAAGACCGACAUUGUCAGGGAGAACACAGACAACAUUCAAUUGGAAGUUGCCAGGCUGAGCACAGAAGGAAACCUGGAGGAUCUGAAGUUUCCAGAAAGCAUGGGUCAUGGCAGCAGUAUUCAGCUGUCGGCAAAUACGUUGAAGCAGAAUGGUCGAAACGGAGAGAUCAGAGUGGCCUUUGUUUUAUAUAACAACUUGGGGCCUUAUCUGUCCACGGAGAAUGCCAGCGUGAAGUUGGGAACAGAAGCUAUGUCCACAAAUCAUUCAGUUAUCGUCAAUUCCCCUGUUAUUACGGCAGCAAUAAACAAGGAGUUCAGCAAUAAGGUCUAUUUGGCUGACCCCGUGGUAUUUACGGUCAAGCACAUCAAGCAGUCAGAGGAAAAUUUUAACCCCAACUGUUCAUUUUGGAGCUAUUCCAAACGCACAAUGACAGGCUACUGGUCAACACAAGGCUGUCGGCUCCUGACAACCAACAAGACACAUACUACGUGCUCCUGUAACCACCUGACCAACUUUGCAGUAUUGAUGGCACACGUGGAAGUUAAGCACAGUGACGCCGUUCAUGAUCUUCUUCUGGAUGUGAUCACGUGGGUUGGAAUUUUGCUGUCCCUUGUUUGUCUCCUGAUUUGCAUCUUCACGUUUUGCUUUUUCCGCGGGCUCCAGAGUGAUCGUAAUACCAUCCACAAGAACCUCUGCAUCAGCCUCUUUGUAGCAGAGCUGCUCUUCCUAAUUGGAAUCAACCGAACUGACCAACCAAUCGCCUGUGCUGUGUUCGCUGCCCUCUUACACUUCUUCUUCUUGGCUGCCUUCACCUGGAUGUUUCUGGAAGGUGUGCAACUCUACAUCAUGCUGGUGGAGGUUUUUGAGAGCGAACAUUCACGUCGGAAAUACUUUUAUCUGGUUGGCUAUGGAAUGCCUGCUCUCAUUGUGGCUGUGUCGGCGGCCGUGGACUACAGGAGCUAUGGAACAGAUAAAGUAUGCUGGCUCCGACUUGACACCUACUUCAUUUGGAGUUUUAUAGGACCUGCGACCUUGAUAAUUAUGCUUAAUGUAAUCUUCCUCGGCAUUGCUUUGUAUAAAAUGUUUCACCAUACUGCCAUACUGAAGCCUGAAUCUGGUUGUCUUGAUAAUAUCAACUAUGAGGAUAACAGACCCUUCAUCAAGUCAUGGGUCAUAGGUGCAAUAGCUCUUCUCUGCCUGUUGGGAUUGACCUGGGCCUUUGGACUCAUGUACAUUAAUGAAAGCACAGUCAUCAUGGCCUAUCUCUUCACCAUUUUCAAUUCUCUGCAGGGAAUGUUUAUCUUCAUUUUCCAUUGUGUCCUACAGAAGAAGGUACGAAAAGAGUAUGGAAAAUGCCUGCGAACGCACUGCUGUAGUGGCAAAAGUACAGAGAGUUCCAUCGGCUCAGGGAAAACAUCAGGUUCUCGAACUCCUGGACGCUACUCCACUGGCUCCCAGAGCCGAAUCCGCAGAAUGUGGAAUGACACUGUCCGAAAACAGUCAGAGUCAUCUUUUAUCACCGGAGACAUAAACAGUUCAGCGUCACUCAACAGAGAGCCCUACAGGGAGACAAAGGGGCUUCUGAACAAUGCCAGGGAUACAAGUGUCAUGGAUACUCUACCACUGAAUGGUAACCAUGGCAACAGCUACAGCAUCGCUGGUGGCGAGUACCUGAGCAACUGUGUGCAAAUCAUCGACCGCGGCUACACCCACACCGAGACCGCCCUCGAGAAAAAGAUCCUGAAGGAACUCACUUCCAGCUACAUCCCUUCCUACCUGAACAACCACGAGCGCUCCAGCGAGCAGAGCAGGAACCUGAUGAACAAGCUGGUGAACCACGUGGGCGGCGGGAGCGAGGACGACGCCAUCGUGCUGGACGACGCCACGUCCUUCACCCACGAGGAGAGCCUGGGCCUGGAGCUCAUCCACGAGGAGUCCGACGCGCCCCUGCUGCCCCCCAGGGUGUACUCGGCAGACCACCACCAGCCCCACCACUACAGCCGGCGGCGCCUGCCGCAGGACCACAGCGAGAGCUUCUUCCCGCUGCUGACCAGCGAGCACACGGAGGAGCUGCCGGCGUCGCCGCGCCGGGACUCGGUCUACACCAGCAUGCCGGCGCUGGCGGCCGACGGUGUGGCCGCCGGCCCCGCGCCCGAUGCACCUGCUGCCCGGGCGGGCGGGGGCUGCGACGCCGACGACGUGUACUACAAGAGCAUGCCGAACCUGGGCUCCCGGAACCACGUGCACCAGCUGCACACCUACUACCAGCUGGGGCGCGGCAGCAGCGACGGCUUCAUCGUGCCCCCCAACAGGGAGGGCAGCCCCCCGGACGCCGGCGCCAAGGGGCCGUCGCAUCUGGUCACCAGUCUCUAG